AUGGCGUCCAAAAGCAACGACGACCCCGAGGUCAUCGUGGCCAUCGUGGCUCUCAUCGUCUCCCUGGUCGCUCUGGUAGCGACCUUCAUGCAGGUCAUGCAACAAUACUACGCCUCUGCUGCCGGAUACUCUCAAUGCAAUGAAAAGGUCAUGGGGAAAUGGGCCUUGAGCAAAUCCCGUCGCUUCUCCUGGGACGAGCUCCGCUUUGAGGUCGAAUUCGAGGCCCCCGUCAUCUUUGUCUCCCCUCCAGACAACAAGCAUGGUCCUAUUCUCGGUGCCGAGAUUUACUUCCUCGAUGGAACCCAAGAGAGUCUCGAAAACACUUGGUCGGAGCUGGAUAUCAACGAGCGGAACGAGUAUGCCCAAAAGACACCCAGAGAACGCGUUCACACUGCCGAUAACGAGCGUGCUUCCUGGACAUUGCUCCUCAGCGCCGUGCAGCGCAUGGAACACGAGUCGGAAAAGUGGCAGAAGAGCCAAUACGACGAGAUGAAGAAGAAGACUGGACCUCCGACUGACCAGAUGGUGAACAACCUCGCCGAGAACCCUCCCACCUUGCAAGAUGCCCAUACAUUGACAGUGGCUCUUCAGCGUAAACGCAAGAGCUGGGAUACAAUGCCUUCUACCAUUGCUCGCCCAUAUGCUACUACUACCAUGUGCCAUCUGGUCGAGAUGGUGGCUGCUUUGGGCAUCUACUGGAAAGAGUUCGACCGGAAGCGAGACCGCUACCGCGCCGAGGGCAAUGGCUUCAUGGUCCUGGGAGAAAAGGUUGCCGACCUUGGCUUGAUGUUCAACUUUAGCAUCUACGGCAGGAGUCGCUUCGAAGCCAACCGAGUAAUUCCAGUCGACGAGGUUAAGGAGCUCUGCUUUGGCUAUGUGUCGACCAUCUACAGUGUGACGCUGGAUAAGCGACGUCUACGAUUUCCCGAGGACGACCCCGAGAACUUGGCUUUCCUUCAGCUGGCGACUCAGGCGGAGAUUUCCCAGACUCUGGUUCGCAUUGGAUGCAACAACAAUGCCGUUAGGGCGUUUAAGGACCCUGAAAAGCAUACUUCGCAUUUGUUCCCUGUGUCGUUUGAGAUUCUGGGCAUGUUGAGCCGCACGUUUCACAUCAAGGACACCAUGUACACUCAUAUCCCGAACCCGACACCGGAUCGCUGGGACAAGCGCUCAGUGUCACUCAUCAAGGUGAUGGAGGCGUAUCGGGACCUGGUCCCUGAAGGAUUGCCUGUAGUACACCGGAAUAUGAAUCUUAUCGAGAGAAUCAGGAAACACACCGAGAAUAUUCUGGAACUCCACAAGGACCAGGACCUCAGGAAGAAGAUGUGCUUGCUCAAGGCCCUUCACGAAGCUAUCGACGACUGCGACCGUGUACUGACAGCCAAGGAGACCGACGCCAUGACACCGCCGCCCGAGCUUCAAUUAGGAAAGGCAGGCCACGAGACGGAGGUGCAGACGGCACGUCGGGAAAUUGUUCAAGACGUUCUGCGGUCUCACAUCCAAGAGGUGCUCCGUCUUCUCAACGGCGACGACCGCUCAGACAACUCUUCUCUACAUGCCGAUUGGAGCCCCCUGGUACAAGGCUCGCGACGGGACGGACAACCCAGAGUCACACCCAACGGGUUUGAGGACAUGCACGAAGCCAGCCCGGAUGAGCGACAGCACAUUUUCAUGGAAGUCUACUUUUACGUCAUCCGUCCCAGCGUCAUCAGCCGGGCAACACGAUCAACGGACCACCGAAGGGCGAGCCUCGUCGCUCCUCCCGCGGGGGCUCCUCCAGGAUACGGCUUCCGGAGACAAGGUACCGGACAAACCCUGGCGAGCAGCAUCCGCGGCACUGAGCGAGGGCCCUCCCCGACGCGGGCGGUUGCGCCGCCACAAACGGUCAACGAGGUACCGCCGCCGCUGACCACAUCCAUCCCGAACGGACGGUCGUCCCUGGCAGAGAGGCCCCGCAGCGCUGCAGGUGACUCUGUGGCGUUGACAGAGGACCAUGAGAAGCAGAGCCUCCUCCCGUUGAGCAUCCAGGAGGUGUCACAUGACGACGUGUGGUGCACGCUCAUGUUCCGGAUGAUCUGCUGGUUGAUGCUGCACGACUUUAACAAGCUAGACGUGCAGGUGAGCAAGGGGGAACUGUUGGGUAGUCGAAUGCCGGUUUAUAUCUCAUGA